GAAAAGGGGGAAGAAAAAAAUAAUAAUAACCACCCCCCCGCCCUCCCCUCAAGCAACCACUCCUCCUUUCUCCCAUGGCCGAGGCAGAGUAAGGUCCAGGGGCUGUAGCGGCCUCCUCCUCCUCCCCCCGCAACCUGUUGGGGGGCUCGUCUCGGGUGGGGAGGCACAGAAGAGGCUCGUGCAUGGAGGGGAGGCGGGGGGGGGCAGCCGCUGGGCUGCGGGGCCGGGGGGCGGUGGCUGCCCGGCUUCCCCGCUCCCGGGCGGCGGCGGCGGCGGCGGCGCGGGGCCGGGACUGAGCGCGCCGGGCGGGGGAAGGGCAGCCGGCGGCGGCGGCUGCGGCGGCGGGUGCCCGGCGGCGAGAGCCAUGCUGCCGGGCGUGGGGGUGUUCGGCACCAGCCUGACGGCGCGGGUCAUCAUCCCGCUGCUGAAGGACGAGGGCUUCGCGGUGAAGGCGCUGUGGGGCCGCAGCCCCGAGGAGGCGGAGGAGCUGGCCAAGGAGAUGAGCGUGCCUUUCUACACCAGCCGCAUAGACGAGGUGCUGCUGCACCAGGACGUGGACCUGGUGUGCAUCAACCUGCCCCCGCCGCUCACCCGCCAGGUCGCCGUCAAGACGCUGGGUAUUGGAAAAAAUGUCAUCUGUGACCGAACAGCAACCCCCCUAGAUGCCUUCAGGAUGAUGUCUGCUGCCCAUUAUUACCCCAAGCUUAUGAGCAUCAUGGGGAAUGUCCUGCGCUUCCUGCCUGCUUUUGUGAAGAUGAAGCAGCUGAUUCAGGAGGGCUAUGUGGGGGAGCUCCUGGUGUGUGAGGUUCAGGUUCACAGUGGGAGCCUGCUGGGCAAAAAGUAUAAUUGGAGCUGCGAUGACCUGAUGGGGGGCGGGGGCUUGCACUCAGUUGGCACCUACAUCAUUGACCUCUUGACCUUCCUAACUAGCCAGAAGGCUGUGAAAGUCCAUGGGUUGCUCAAGACCUUUGUGAAACAGACGGACCACAUCAAAGGCAUACGUCAGAUCACCAGUGAUGACUUUUGUACGUUUCAAAUGGUUUUGGAAGGUGGGGUAUGCUGCACUGUGACUCUGAACUUCAAUGUCCCUGGGGAGUUCAAACAGGAUAUUAUUGUGGUAGGUUCAGCUGGACGACUGAUUGUAAUAGGCACUGAUCUGUAUGGGCAGAGCAACAGUUCUCCUCAAAGGGAGCUCCUUCUAAAGGACUCCACACCCGUCAGCAACUCCUUGUUGCCUGAGAAGGCCUUCAGUGACAUCCCAUCUCCAUACCUUCGAGGUACUAUUAAGAUGGUGCAGGCUGUCCGGCAGGCAUUUGAGGACCAAGAUGACAGAAGAACCUGGGAUGGAAGGCCCCUUACCAUGGCUGCCACCUUUGAUGACUGUCUGUAUGCCUUGUGUGUAGUGGACACCAUCAAAAAGUCAAACCAGCUCGGGGAAUGGCAGAACAUUUCAAUCAUGACAGAGGAGCCGGAGCUGAGCCCUGCGUACCUCAUCAGUGAAGCCAUGCGUAGGAGCAGAAUGUCUCUGUACUGCUAGCUGGGCUUCAGCUCUUGGCACGGAAUGGAAAUUGCACAGCUCUUAAAGAAAAGUCAGACGGGGCAAGUGUUUGGGCAUGGAAAGGGUCGACGUUUUGGGAGAAGGAAACAUGUUUAGAUCAACUAAACUAGUUGGUGCCUAGAUGCUACAGUGAUGGAAGCAGUGAAAAUGCCUAAAAUAGAUAAAAAUGAGUUGCGUAAGAGCUAAUCUAAAUAACUUGUGGUGACUAUUUAGUAACAGUAUUAACUGGCUGGAUAGAAUGAUAUCAUGGACUCAGUCUCCUUCUUGGAGGUGCUGUGCUUAAACCCAAUUGUGUUUACUGUGAAAGAUCAGGAAGGUCCUUCUUGAUUUUUUCCUCUCCUGCUAGGCCCUGUGUAGGUGCUCUCAUGUCAGAAGGUUUCUGAUGGUAUCUGACGUGAACAGUUCAUACUAUGCCAACUGACAACAACACCCUGUACUAUUACCUUACUAACCAAUGCAUAGAAUAAUAAGGCUUUGUGUGACAGUGUCACGUGUCCCAGACAAAUUUGGAAGCUCCUGUUUCAUAGCUUAUUCUAAGCGCCUGUGGGGUAUUUUUUAGCAUAAUUAAAUAGGAAAAAUUGUGGCUUUUAUAAACAAAUCAAUCUUAAACAACUCCUGUGUGUGUGUAGGAGGGCAUCCUACAAGCUUCUGCUAUGCUUCAAUAUUAGCUAUACAAAUUUGCUUAUAAAGAAGGACUGAGCAAAACCUUUGUAAACAAAACUCCAGACUGCAUGCUAGUCUACUGAUAGUGGGUUUUGUUGCACAGUCAAAGCUCAGGCCAGUUUUAUCAAGGUUUACACAAUUUUCAGCAUGCCUGGCAUUGAAUUGUGAGUUAAUUUGUCUUGCAUUAUGGCUUGAGGUUGUAAAUGUAUGAAACGAGGUGGGUUGCCACCCAAAGCCAGGUGAGGUAUGACAGAAGGUGGUUUUAACUUUUGUAUUCUUUUAAGCCUAAGUGAAUCCAGACUCGACAAAGAAAAUGCCUGCACCAACCUGCAGACUUCCAGGUCCAGACAGAAACAGUGUGAACUAAAAAUCACUAGGAAUGAGAAAAAUAUUGGGAGCAUCUACAUGUGCAAUUAAUGCGGCACAAUAAAUUCUGGUGCAUAUAGUACUGGAGUUUAUUGCUCCUGGGUGCUGCGUUUAUACAUGUGAUUGGGCCCACAGUACACUGAGUGGAUUGAAGCAGCCCUGGCUGGCAGGAAGACCAGGGGAUCAGCCUGCCACCCUGGGGCUGCUCUGACGUGGCUCAAUAUGCUGUGGAGGGGCUGGCUUGAGCAUGAGGGUGCUUCAGUGAAGGGCUAGCUGGCAGGCAGCCCCUGGACUGAAGCACCCUUGUGCCCCAGCCAGCCCUGUCAGCAUCUACAUGUGCAUUGCUGCAGGAUAGUACUUACAGCAGAGUUCAUUAGUUUACUACAGCCUAAUAGGGAUGCACGUGUAGAUGCUGAGACUUUACUGCAGAACUAUUUAGGCAGCUCCACAAUAAACAUCUCAUGUAGAUACCCACUGAUUUUUAGAGAAAAAAAAACAAAAUCAGAAAAUCUUCUUUACCUGCUAAUCAGUAGCUAGCUACAGAUACAGUACUGAUUGUUCCCUUCUUAUCAUCAUUGAAGGGAUGGACAAAUAACUUUCAGUCUAUUUGUCCUCUGGAUAUAUCCAUGUUGUCUCUGACGAUGCCUGGAAGGUGAAAUGUCAACUGCCCCCCAAAAAACAAAACAAAACAAAACAAAAAAGUAAUCCCUGUUGGGCAUGAGCCAGCGCAACUCCCAGGCUUUCCUUUUAUAGACAUAUUUUUACAGUGGCAGCUGUACUAUAUUUUCUUUUGCCAUUACUAUGCACAGAGUGGGAGUUAGUGGGCAAGACAUUUUUUCACAGCAACCCUCCCUAGCAUGGUCAGGCACAGUAUACAUAUUCCCUUCUUUUUUAAUGUUUUAAGGUCUGAUUUGGCAAAGAAUUUGCCCAAGUGAAUGUGACUUGCUCUAGGGAAUUGAAUAGGAAUACUUUUAUGCAUAAAACUAUUUGCAUGCUUAAGCUUACAGCACAGGUCCAGAGAUAAUAACAAUCUUAUGGCAAAAUAUAAUGCCAGAAAGAAUAGGAAGCAGUGUCAUUUGUGUGUGUCCCACAUGCUAGCUAUAUUUGCAGUAAUAAGGACUGAGAGAGAAAUCUGACCCAGGUCAACAUAUUGAUCAAUGCUAGAGUUAUAAAAUUCAUGACAAUUUAGAUGUUUAAGGUUUACAGUUCUGUUCAUUUUAGGGGCACUUGUAUAGGUAGUCUACAGCUGUCCCCUAUCCGAUUGCAUUCCACUGCUGGCUGUCAGGGUCCAGAUGUAGUGCUGAAUUCACUGAACUGGAAGAUAAAUGAAAAGGUUUGGUGCGCAUUUAAUUUGGAAAAAAUAAAACCCUGUAUAUAUACAUGUGUAUGUAUGUGCACGUGUGAGCAUUCCUGAAUUAUUUUCUGAAAUCUAUAAACUGUGUGAAUGAUGGAGAGAUAUUGUCAUGUCAUUUGUUUAAAUAAUAUUGAAAAUGAGUCAAAUGAACUGUUUGAUAAAGAUUGUUUGACCAUUUCUAGGAAUGAAACCUGAUAUUGACUGCUUCUGGCUGGCCCCUGGGCAAAUUUACAGGGCUUCUCUUGCUGGGGGUUCCAGGAAAGUUUGGAGUUUUCCCCCUAUUGUUUAAAACAAUCCCUUUAAAAACAGUUGAAAAAACCCCCAGCAAUAAUGCAAACAGGAAAUAACCAAGACAAUCAUCAUUGCAUAUGUAACUAUUUUUUAAGUCCUUGCCAGAAGGCAUACAUAGAAAAAUAAUGCUGAAAUAGAAUGAUUAAAACUGCUUCUCUCUUAGCAGAAGAAUAUUUACCAGAGCCAAUCAAGAGAAGGAAAUCUGUUGUUUUUUUCAAUACAGCAAGGUGCAAUCUCCUUGCUAUUGACAGUGGCCAGUAGGAGUGCUGAAUGUAGGCUAAGCAAGUGAUAAAAUUAUUGAAGGCAGGGGAUUGGGUAUGAGAGAAACCAUGCCUGAUAUAAGUAAACCUGAUCCCAAAUUGUAUAGUGGAUCUGAGUCCAUAUGUUUCUGAGUUUCUUAUGAUUUACUAUUUGCAAUAGGGCUGCACUUUAAAAGCCUCACUCCUGGCGUUGGCCCUAAUUGCAGUAGGCUCCACAGAAAAUGUUUUAAAACCAAUAAUGUUUUUGACACCUUUAUUUUAUUGUUUGUUCAGCUCUGCACUAUUGUGGUUCUGGUCAGAAGCAGAAAUGCUGGAAUCCUGGGCCCCAGUGGUGUGGGUAGAAUCCUGUGGCUGUUCAUAGUUGUGUGGAAGAUGCUAAAACAGCUUUUCUGUCCCAGAGCUGAAGCGUUAUCCUCCGUUCUAUACACUUAUGGAUUCAGAUACUGUAGUUUGGCAGAGCUUAAAUCUUAACUCAGAUGGCAGGUAGUAAUGGCUUAUUAUAAGGAUUGGAGGACCGCAUUUGCACUUUCCUGAGUGUAAGGUCGGAUGACACAUUGCCUUUCGCUCAAGGUUUUGAUAGUGUUAGGCAUAAAGAUACUAAGCUGUUGUCUACUUCACAUCUUUAAAGAGCUAGGAAUAGUUUUAUUAUAGAAUGAGCUAUAAUAUUUCAGUAAAAUUGGGAUUUACUUUAUAGUACAAGGGAUGUUUGGAUCCCUUCUGUGCAGCAUCAAGCCCUCAUCUCUGAGCAGCACUGAGCUGGAUGCUGUAUCUGGCUGCUAAAGUUCAUGACAGGUUAAAGGAUUGGGCUAACAGUUCAUUAAAAAAACAUAUGCUUUGUUGAAUUCAAAAGUGGUACAUGACCAGGGAGUAUGCACUUGGAAUUGCACUUUUCUUUCUCCAUUGCCACAAGACUUGAGACUAAUGCUGCUAGAAUAGACAAAGGCGUAGUAGCCAGAUGCAGGCUAUUGCUGAAUUUGCAGCAGCCCCAGAAGUAACCUUGUGCAUUUGCUGAAUCAAAGAUAUUUCUGUUUCCUAGAGCUGCUGUUGAUGAGACUCUUUCCUUUGCCAUUCAUUCCUUGUGUACAUAUAAUAUUAAAAUUUGUGCUCUGAUGCCAAAGAUGCAGACAGCCAAAGGAGUGCUUGUUCAGAGGCAGAUUAUACCCUACUGCUCUACUUAUCUAACAGCCGUAGAAUAGAAAGACUGCCACUGAUUUUCACCAGGCAUUGGUUAGGGUUAUAGGUGAAAAGGGAGGUAGAUUGAGGGCAAGCUUUCACCAUGUCCCUGAAGAGUAGCAGGACACAACUACAGCCCUUCUUUUCACUCUAGGAGGUAAAAGAUGCUGUAAAGGAGAUGAAGAUAAGGUACGUCCUUGCCUUGUACCUAUAUGCACUAGCCGGCAGUGUUAGCUGGCCAGGCAGGGGGAGUAUGUUUCAAUUCCUGAAGAUGCCUACUUAAGUCCUUGAGUUCUGGCAUUUUCCUUAUCUCAUCAUAUCGUGCACAGGGCUGGAUUAGUAGUGUUCAAGCUAGGUAGUUAGAAAAUACCAACAUAAAGACAGUACAUUCCUACUUAUAUGGCAGAGGGUCAGUGCAUGUAUAUACUAGCUCAGAUGCAGGAUGUGUUUCUCUAGAACUCACUCACAGCUUUGUCUGAAAGCCGGAGAAAUCCCCAUUCAACUCACAUGGGCAACCAGAAGUACUUUCCACUUUGUCCCAAAUGUUUCCUUCUUUUGUAAAGCUCUUGAAUUACAGAGACUGGAGAAGAGAAGGGGCAUCACAGAAAUGCAGGAGGGAGGGAGGGAGACAGCUCCGUUGUACAUUGUUCUAACAUAUAAACAAUUCAAUCCUGGCAUUGCCCUGUUUGUUUUUACGCCCCCAUAAAUGUGGCAGACAUUUUUAAAACUAAAAGACUCAAUUGAACAAAAAAUUGGUGUUGCUAAGCUGAUUUUGUUUCACAGAGCAAGGCAAACUUAGUAUCUCCACAGAGUCUUUUUAGGGGCCGAGAGGGGUCCAUAAAUGACUGCUGACAGCAUAUUUUGUUACUGAAAGUUUUUAAACCCUGGUCUUCUACCUUUUACCCUAAGGUAAAUAAAACAAGUGGAGCCUGUUCACUGUUCAUUUCCAUAUUGACAAGGGUUUAAAAGCAUCCAGCAGUUUUAGGCUUUGUCAUGCUAUUUGACACAUUGGCUUAAUGCUCUUAACUUCUUGAUGAGCAAAUAUGUCUUCAAAUACCUGAAAAGCUGAACACUGAACAGUUUGAUCUCUAAAAAUGCUUUCUAGCUGUUUGUGACAAGCUGUGAAAUGGUAGGCUUAUCCAGAAACAGGUGUUCUUCUGUUUUUAACAUUGGAAGCAAAAUUUGUAAAUGUUGCAGUUGAAGUAUGACCAAGUAAUCAUCUACCAUCCUGUCCGUUUAAAAAUUUAUCUUCUUUCUGGGAAUGCCUUGACCUGUAGGGUAUAUUCCUUUGGAUAACAAUAACUUCUUGUAAAAACAUUUUCCUCUCUGACUUCCAUCCUUCAUGAGAAGGAAUUUUAAGUAACUAGGACUAUAGAUAGGAUUGUAUUUAUGAACCUAUAUUGUAACAUCAUUACUGCUGCUAUGAUGCCAAGCAUUUGAAACAUCAGACAUAGAAAUAGAUUAUUAUAUCCAUUUCUAGACUGAAAAAUAAAGGAGAAAAACUGGUUCAGAUCCACAAAUAGAAACAUUUAGGGGCUUUUUGUUUAGACUGUAAAAAAUAAAUAAAUAUUGGAUCAGUCCAAAAUAUUUUAUUUACCUGAAAUAAAAUGCUUUGUUUUUACGUUUGGAUUUUUAAAAUAUUAUUUUAAAUAUACGUCAAUUUUUAGUCUCUCAAAAUUAGCCUCAAAAUUAAAAAUCAAAAUUGAAAUAAUAAGGCAUUUUUAAAGGAAGCAAUUACUUCAAAAGUGUCAAAAUUAAAUGUUUCAACAUUGCAGAAAUCUAUGUCCUAUUAUUGUUCAAAACUAUUCACCAGAUUCAGCCCAAAUGUGUGGCUAGUUUCAGUGUCCUCUUUCCAACUCUCCUUUUUGGCAAAUUUGCUGUUUGUGCAGUUUUAUUUGAAACAUAAAACCAGGACAACUCUGCCAAUGUGACUGAACAAUCCUUGUUCUUUAAAAAGGAUGUCACCUUUACAUCCAAAGUGAUGUCAUUGCUUGACUAACAUGUGAAUUUAACUGGGCCAGACUCUGCAGCUGUAAGGGGUGAAAUGCUAUUACGUUCAUUCUUAGGGUUUCAAUUUGCCUGUUUCAGUUGUAUCUUGCCAUUGAUCUGACUAGGGAACUCUGGUUUCUUGCGUGGACUUGGUGUAGAGAAACGAGGUUCUCUCCUUGUUGAUGUGGUGCCAGCUGCCAUCCUUAAGGGCCCUUACAGAUGCUUACCAAGUCUACCAUUUGGCUAGCUAUUACUUCUCAGCAGUCAUGUAACUAGGAAGGGGGAGCAGAGCACAUGCUCUGGGUGCUGACUUAGAUAGGGCACCAGUAUUAUGGCCCUUGGGGAGCCUGUACCACAACAGCAGCUGCCAGGACACAUGGCACCCUUUCCUCUCCUUCUGUGCUCCACAGAUCUCUGCCUCAGGUGCAAAAAAAAUAGUUACUUUUCUGCUUCUCAUCUCUUGUCCUCUCUGCCAUGUCCUUUCUUCUUACCUAUCAGUCAAACUCACUUGUGUGGACUUGUCUCUUUCUGUAUCAGGCAAUUAAGGCAGGGUUUGUGAAAAAAGGCAUCCUUUUGCUUUUGCAUCAGGUUUGUUCCCUCUCCAUGUUAUGUAUAGUAGCUGAGGAGCCUAGUAGCUGAUUUGAAGCUAAUCUCAAAGCAAAUAAAUUAAAGAAUAAUACCUACCCAGCUGUUCUAGUAGAUUACAUACCCAAUUCCCAGCCAGGAAUGGGAAUGGGAAUUGGUGCAGGAAUGAUGCCCACUGCUUCUCUCUGUACUGUUGGGUUUUUGGUUUUUUUUUGGGGGGGGGGGGGUUUAAAUCAUGAAAGCAAGUGUAUGUUCAGUUUGUUGCUGUAUAAAUGUUAACUGUAUAUUUAUUGUGUUUUUCAAAUACAGAUAUAUAUCAAUGCAAUAUGUAUAAAAAUGUCAAUGCAUGGACAUAUGUACAGUAGAUAUUUUAAAGAGUUAUUUAUCAAGAAAAAGUAAGUGUUGUAAACAGAGUCUAUAUUUUAUAUCUAAUGUAGAUAGCAAAAAAUACCUUUUAAAUUAUAUAGUAGGACAAUUUGGGGGAAUGUUAUGGAUGUUGAAGAAAUAGACAAGGGCUGGUUCUGUCAUUUUCACAGCCACAGUAUUUCUUAAGAAAGCUGCCUGCUGUGCCUCUCAGCUGCAACAAUCUCUGUCUGUCUCUUCUCUGGGAAGAUGAUGUGCAUUGUUACUUUUAUACUGCUCGGGGGAUGUAGUUAGUUAUGUUCAGCCAACUGGUAUGUGCUGCUUAAAACAUGGUUUCCUGCUGUUCUCCAUAUUUGCAUUGAUGAAAUAAAAGGAACUUAAAUUGCAAAUAAAGGCAUAAAAGGAUGUGA